GCAUUGUGCUGACGUGGCAUAUAUAAAUAUGGUCGUGAUGAUGAUGAUACAAUCAUUGUUAAAUUGACAUAAAGUCUAAUUUCACGAAUUUACGAAUGAAUGCCUUAAAAUAGCAAUAUGAUUGUUUUUUUGCCGCUACUGUAAAUAUUAGAAUAUAAAUCAACCCAGAUGUAAGUAAAAACUUCGAAUUAAGUACUAUUUCACAGCCAUUUAAUAUGACACUUAAUUAAGAAAAUUAGUCUGAUUUGCUUCUGAUUUCUGACCUUUAACUUUUGUUUUUACAUUUACGUACUCAAAUGUAACAUAAAGGUUGUGCACCGCUGCAUUUAAGUGCAUUAUUUUGACGUUAUAAACAAUUAACAAGUGCUUCGUUUGUUGCAUCCUUUUUUAAUAUUUGAUAUUUUCUCAGUGAGAAAGAGACAAUGUUACAUAAUAAAUAAAUGUAAUGACUGACUUAAUAGCUCACAAGUACCAUAUGAUGCACAAUAAUAAUGGAUCUUAUGGCAGCGCGAGUGAUCUACUGGACAGCCAUGUGCUGGGGCGAGACAAGCUGGAGGAGCCCGCGAUGGAGAGAUCCACGAGGUCCAGCCUGGACGCCAACAGUGUUGACAUCGGUGAAAUAACUGAAUCUCCAGAUACUGAGUAUAUGAGUACGUCUGCUAUUCUACACUAUUGUAAAUCUAAGAUAUUGCUUCCGUAUCUUAAGCUUUUAACAAUAAUGGGAUUGCGUCCAGUCGUCGAUUCCUCGAAUUCCUCAAGAGUCUCCAUAUGUUUGUCACACUUCCAUUCUGCGCAAGUUGCAGUAUUUAUGUGUUUAGGAUACAUUCUUCAGUAUAUGGCAUGUUUCAGACGAGACCGAGGUUUCUGCUACAAGCUGGUGCCGCUGGCGCUGGAGUCCUCACUAGAGUACGAGACGUACAAGCAAGUGUGCUACGGGAACGUGACGCUGACGUACGUCGGGCCCAGCGUACUGCACUUCCUGGGGUUCCUCUACGCUCUCUAUUUGUUUAGAAUAUCCGAUAAUGAGCAGCUCCAGAAUCUUAUGGAAAGGGUAUUUCUGCUAUCGUCGUAUACACAGCAGGGCAUGGCCUCUGCCAACCCAAAGCGGCUCUUACGUCUGCUGUGGGCGUUCAUCAUACUGAGUGUGUUGUGGAUGUGCCUGUCGCUCUGUUCGGUCAACCUGAUGAUGGCUGAGGGUACUAUUAUGUUUCGGUGGAUGGAAGAAAGUGUUUUCAGUUCAAAACAAACCCUAUUAAUCCUGAAGAUCCUGCUGGUAGCAUGCACGCUGGUCCACGACAUGGUGCAGGCGACCAUCAUCACGAGCUACUGCCUGCAGGCGCAGCUGCUGCAGGCGCACCUCAUGUACCUCAAGGAGCGGCUGCUCAACAGAUCCACCACGCCACUCAACUGGAUGCGAGAGAUCGCAGAGUUCCAGAAGCUCCUCAAGUAUCUGAACGACGACCUGGCGCCGGCGGUGUGCCUGUUCACGAUCGUGAACAUCUCGUGGGUGGCGUCGGGCGCCAUGUGGAUGUACAGCCUGGACAAGGUCGACACGCAGACGGAGCCCAUCGUCGGCAUCAGUCUGCUCAACUUGCUGUUGUGGGUCUCGGCGGCUAUCGUGCCCUUUAUACAGGCAGCGCGCCUCUCAAAAGAGUGCCGGCGGACAGAGAGCGUAGGCCACGAGCUCUGCGUCCGUCCGUUCCUGCAUCAAGACACGCCGCACGAGGACGUCGCCGCCGUGCUCAUGUAUUCCACGACUCUGCGACUGCGCGCCAAGUUGUUCCACCAUCCUGUCGCCGGCCGAUAUCUCUGGCUAGUGCUCACAAUCACACUGGUUGGGCUGUUCUCGCUGGGCAUGUGCCAUUAUAUAUAACGAUAACGGCACGGCCAUCCUGCUAUUGGUCACGUCCCACUGGUACUCAGAAUCAGAAUUAAAGACUUGCGAGCGUGUGUUUAAUAAGAUUACCGCGUUACGGGAGCUCCGGCUACUGUUCAUAAUCACACUCUUUUUCUCUCUGGUCAGUCAGCAGCAGAAGUGGCUACGCUGGCCGUGUUCUAAGUUCUAACAAAUCUCUACACACUUAUUCUCUUAAUAAUUUUUAACAUAUUGCCCAAUUACCUGUUUCUGCUGCUGACUGGAUGUGCCAUUCAGAACUGCUACCUAUGGCUAGCCGCUAUCGGCUUUGAACACUUCAUAAUAUAUACAAACCUUAUCAAGUCUGGUUAGCUAACCGAAAUUAUUUUAGUUAAUGAUAUCAGCUAUUUUUAACCUUUUAACCGCCGUCGUCUGAUAUAUAAGGCACAUAAUAUCCAGCUCAUUUGCCGCAGUCUGAUAAAUAAGAGAAAACUUUGUGUAACUUCGUACCGGCGACGACACGAGCACGCUCGAUGAAAGAUUCUAAGCGUUAACCUUUUGACCGCCAAAGACGUCAUAUGUCGCGCGCGGCUACAGCCCAAUAUCAACCUUCAUGCGUACCGACAAGGUUCACGAUUACGCGCCGCGUAUGAUAGGCGUGGCGUCCAAAAGGUUAAAAGGGUAGAAUUCUUUCUCUAGACUGAAAUGGAAAUACUCUGAACUGGUUUGAGUUCGGACUUGCCUAUGUUUAAUUAUAAAAUUAGAAAUCUAGUUAAAUAAAUAGAUUUAGUAUGGAUUGUGAGUCCUCUGGCUGGAUUCCAUUAUUGUUAAUUUUAAAAGAAUGAAUGAAUAUAUUUUUUGAAAAUGACCAAAAGGUUUUGGUGUACAUUAAAUGUAACUUAACCUAAUGUUUUGUAAUGUCAAUGAAAUAAUAAAAUGCAUUUGAUUAAAUUAAA